AAGAGCAUCUUGAGGGUUUCCCACUGCAAACUGGCAGCAAUAGAAUUGUCUAAAAUUAGUGUGUAUUUUUGACCAGCUUGUGUGAUGAGAUGUAGCUAGUUGUUAUACGUUUUCAUAUGCACAUUUUCUGCCGCUUUCAAAGGAAUAGUCCUCAACUGGAAGAGAGAUGUUAUGGCCUCGGAGAACUUACUGAAUGGAGAUCAGAGCUUUCAUGGGGAACAAUCUGAAUCUAAUCUUCUGAGGAGCCAGGGUGAGAACCAUGAAAGCAGCAGGCCAUCAACUCAGACCAGGCCGAUGAGAGAGGACAGAAGGGGAUACAUAGCACCAGCUCUCUCAAGGGACUCUGGAGUUAGUUCCAUAGACCAUCACCAGGUGCCGGAAAGCAAUGAAAUUGUACAUGACAAAGCGUGAUGGAUGUUUUAGUGUGGAGCAGCUAUGGACCAGAGGAUUCUACUGAAGAAACCAUGGACACAAGUACAUUUUCUGAGGAAGAGCUUCUUGAUAUAACAUUUGAGGCAUGCAAUACCGCUGGCACAGGAGAGGUUCUGGUCUCCACGAUCAUGCAGUACCUGCAGACGAUGACUAGCCAGAGCCCAGAACAGGACAGGCUGAAUGCUUUGAAUCGUAUGCUGGACCCUGAGUGCCGGGACCCCGCUAUUAGCAGGGCCAAAUUCCAAUCCACCAUGAGGGAGUGGAUUGCCCAGUGCAGCCAAGAUGGCAUGCAUGAGGACGACAAACAUAUUUCAGGGGAAAACCCUUGUAAAGUGUCUAUAAAUGGGAUGGAUUUCUCAGGUCCCGAAACUGCCUUCUCAGAGAGAGAACAGUGUCAUUGUGACUCCAGGGAGUUGCUGGCCACUGUGUCUGAGUUGAAGCAUGCGCACCGCAGAAUGAGUAAGCAGAACAACAGCCUGUUGAGGACUGUAUCUCAGGGUGAGGACACCAACCUGCAGCUCACGGUGGAGAUCACUGAACUAAGUGCCAAGCUGACCAGUGCCCAGCGGUCAGCAAGGAGAACCAGGUCCCUUGUAGAGGAGCUGGAGGAGGCCAGGAGAGCCCUGAAGGAGGCAAAGGAGAGAGCCAGCCAAGCCCAGGCUAGCAGCUGCAAACUGAGCAAAGAAUGUGACUGUCUGAAAGCACACAUUAAAGUGCUUGAAGACAAGAAUGAACAACUCACACUCGAGGGGACUUGUUCUGAAGAUUGUCUCAACAAAUUGAGGAAGGUUAAUGCUGAGAUGAGGGAGGAACUUGAAGAGACCCUUGUCAUGCUGACUGUAAGAGACAGGGAACUCAUUAAGAAAGACAUAUUGAUGGAUAAGCUGAAGAACUCUCAUCUGGAGAACCACAGAAUCAUUGAGGGGCUACAGUCAGAGUUUAUGCAUUUAUCAGAGCAUUCCCAGCAAGCUCUUUUGAGGUUUGACAUGUACUGUAGCAGUCCACCAGGUUUCCAGGGAAGGAGUGGAGGUGUUCCUAACCACCGCUCUCUGCAUGCUGAGAUCCAGGACAUUCAGCAGCAACGUGGGGUUCUGGAGGAGAUGACUGGUCCGGUAUGUGGGGUUGUGACCUCUCACACUCAGAGGGAUGAUAUCCAAAACAUAAUUCACAGGAUCAAGUCUGCUGAGCUGGCCCACCUUCUCCACGCACACUACCCAGAGAGAGAUUCUGUUGGUGGUUGUGCUGUUGAGACCCUGGAGAGGCCAUAUCCCCACAGCCAACAGCCACAGCCACAGCCUAGCAUCAAGCAGCAGCUGGUUAAUGUACUGAAGGAACUGGAGCUGCAGACGACUCUGUGGGAGGAGAGAGAGGAGAAGGUGGCAGAACAGCGGAGGCUACGGGAGCAGCAGGAGCAGAAGCAGAAGCCCCAGGCCAAGAAGGCAGCUGUGGUGAACUGGUGGAGAACCCUUAAGGUGGAGGGGAGUAGGACCAAGGCCAAGCCGGAAGACACCCUGACCCAGCCCAGCCAGGUCCUCACUGAGACAGAGUCCAAGCUUCAACAGGCAGAGGACACCAUCACAAAGAUUAGGGAACAGGUAUGCCACCUUGAGGCUGCUCUUAGAACUGCCCAGGAGGGCGUAGCUGAGCACAAAAACAUUCAGGACAGGGUGGGAGUUCUUCACAAGGACAAGGAGACCAACACGGUGAGAGAGGAACCUGGCUGGACUGGGGAGGAGGCAUCAAAGGAGCGUAAGGACGUGGCUGUGGCUACAGACCCUGUGGAGGACCCAGGUAGAUCAGAGAAGGUAGCAGGCCAGUUUGUGACCUCAGAGGGUCUGCUGGUGACCCUCAGGAGGAUGGAGGCCAUGGUCAGCAGUGCCCUGGAGGCAGCUGAGCUGGUUAGGGAGAGUCAGCGAAGGGUCAGCCAGGUCAAGGAGAGGAUGGAGAGCAUCACUCAGAAGAUGGAGGAAGCUCUGACCAGAGCAGCGGACACAGAGGGUCAGCUCAGUUCCCUGGAGGCCAGGAUCACAGCCAAACCUCAGAAGUUGCCAGGUCCUGUAGGGCAUACUGCCCAGCCUGAUGUUGAAGCUAUAGGCAGAGACAGAUCCAGGAACCCCUCUCCUCCAGGUCCUGUAGGGCAGACAGCCCAGCCUGAUGUUGAAGCUAUAGGCAGAGACAGAUUCAGGAACCCCUCUCCACCAGAGCCUGUGACCGAAAGCUACAGCAAGUCUCGAUGGCCCCUUAUAAGCGGUGCCAUUUAUUCACGAACUGGAGGAGGCAGCAACAGUGGCAGCAAGAGCUGUGAUGAUUCAGAGCCACCCUGCACUGAGGACAACAAACCAAGCCAAGUCCAAUGUCCUGACUUUGUCCCAGACCAAAAGCACAACAGUACCAGCAGUAAUGGUCCUGCACCUGCAUUUUUAGGUUUCAUCCCAGUGUCAGAGACACAAACGCCCCCAGUGUCCCCAUCACAAGUCUUCCUCCAGUACGAGUGUGCACCUCCUCUUACCGUCCCACCGGAAACACCCCCUCAGUCUGCCUGUGUCAGUCACGCUGCCGCUCACACUGAGGAGAAUGUAGCAGGUCUCAGAUCGGAGGAUCCCAGUUGCCGUGACUACUGUCAGUCAGAGGCCCGCGACUGUGGGAGUGGCCAAGCAUUGCCGCCUGGAGACUGUGGGAGAAGUCAGCCAUCAAACCCAGGAGACAGUGCUGUUAGUAAAGCCUCUGAACCAGAAGAUCGUGGGAGGAGCAACGCAUUACAACCAACAGAUAUUGGGUGUGAUCUUGAGCAUUGUGGGAGUUUCCAUUCUCGAGAUCUACCGACUGUUUUAAUAACAGGCUCAGAUAAGGAAGGAGGGGGCCACGAGUUGUACUGCUUUCCCUGGGUUCAGACUGAACAGCAGUUAGAGGAAUCCCCUACCCAACCCACUCCAGCUGAGAGCCCCUUUUUUUUCCCACUGACACGACCCCGAGCCCCACAGCCCCCCGUAAUGCCCGUCCUCCCUGAAGAAGAGGAGGAUUCCCCUGAGGAGCUCGACAGUUCCUCCAGCUCACCCAGCACAUAUACACCAGUUGAAAGUAGAGCAGUUACCGUGGAGAUGCCUGCUCCCACCAUUGUCUUCCCAAAGCAAGCGACCGUGACCGUGGUCCAAGCAGACGGUCGACCUCUGGACCAGACCAGACCACACAGUCCCAGACCUCGCUUGUCCCGAAACGCCCUGGGAGGACCAAUCACUACCGUCGACAGUACAGGCAAUGUGAUAGACCUGGUGAAAGACCAUCUGCCUGAGCUGCAGCUCUCGGAGGAGGACCGUCAGAAGAACCUGGUGCUGCUGCAGGAGGCCAAGAAAGUCAGCGACCGCUUCCUGAGCCGCAGGGGUCGAAGGUCCACCUGCAGCCUCUCGGAAUCCCCCACAGGUCUUUCUCCUAACCACACACCAUCCUCCUCACCUGUACCGUCCAGAAGCAGCUCUCUAAUCACAGCCCCUCAAAUAGCUGUAGCCACAGAGGUAAACUAUGCCCCCUCGUCGCCUGUCAGCCUGCGAUUGGAGGUUCUGUCUGCGAGGGAGCAGGCUGAUACCAGUACACCGGAGCAUGAGAGCACCAGGAGGUUGGUGGACUGGAAGCCCAAUGAGAAGCGUAAGGUGUCCUCAGGCACCCUGGCUCCCCGCUACUCUGUUCCCCCACCCCCCAGGGAGCCUAGUGGGGGCCAGAAGGAGAACUUUGACCCUCGGGUAACAGCUAAGAAUUGCCCAGCACCAGUACUAGUCAAUAAGCCAGAAGAGGGUCUGGCCCGAGCCCCCAACCAGGCCCCUGCCACUGGGGUGGCCAAGCCUGUCCCUCGGCCCCCCACUCAGCAGGCCCCCUGCACGGCAGAAAUCAAGACCAUCGGGGCUUUUCCUCCCCUAAUGAGAGCUGUGUCCUGGGACACUGUUGGAACUCUCAACGCCAGAAAUGGGGCACCAAGUCUCCCCUCUACGAACGAGGAAACCUUCUCCUUUCAAGACAAGACCCGGGAUGCCCUGCUCAAGUCCUCUGGGUACAAGGACUUCCCUGUACAGCCUGUCAACGUGCAGAAGCUGUCCAAAAUAAGAGAGGAGCACAAGCUGAUGCGGAACCAAAGCAUUGUGGGGUCAAAGUUGGCAGACUUGAGUGAAACAGCUGAACAGGAAAGAGGUCCCUCUCUUCUGCCCCCUGCAGGGUCUCCUACUGAUGAGGAUGCUAAAGAGAAGUCAGACGCUAUGCCCAACAUCUCAGACAUCAUGCUGAGGAAACUCAAACUGCACAGAGGGCUACCAGGCUGUGCACCUCCACUCACCGAAAAAGAAGUUGAGAACGCGUUUGUUCAACUGUCGCUGGCGUUCCGGAACGACAACUACACUCUGGAGACACGGCUCAAACAGGCGGAGAGGGAGCGGACCCUGACCGAGGAGAACACGGAGAAGGAACUGGAAGAAUUCAAAGGCUCUCUGAAGUGCACGGCACCACAGUGGAGUAACAUGGAGCAGCGCGAGUCCUACCAGUGCCUCAUAGAGACAGUAGCAGUACUGCACCGUCUGGCCACCAGGCUCUCCAGCAGAGCUGAGAUGGUUGGAGCAGUCAGACAGGAGAAACGUAUGAACAAGGCCACAGAGGUGAUGAUGCAGUACGUGGAGAAUCUGAAGAGAACAUAUGAGAAGGACCACGCUGAGCUGAUGGAGUUCAAGAAGCUGGCCAACCAGAACUCUAGUCGCUGCUAUGGAGGAUCCAUAGACACUGGAGAUGAUGGAGUCCCACGGCCAUCCAGGUCUAUGUCCCUGACCCUGGGAAAGGCUUUGCCCAGGCGGAGGGUCAGUGUUGCGGUAGUCCCCAAAUUUAACCUCCUGAACAUCCCUGGUCAGACCCCAGUCAUGGCAGGACCCGGCCCCAGCGUUGCCAUGGGAGCCAGCCCUCAACCCACCAUGGGCCAAGCACUUCCUGUCCUGUGUGAAGCCAACAGUAUGAAAAGCAACUUUCCCACUGAACCUACACAUCCAGCUAUAGCUGAGAGUGGAAAGAGUGUGGCAGAGCAGGAAGCUGAGCCAUCUGCCCCAGCCAAGCCCUCCGUCAACCUAGAGGAGAUCAGAUCAGAGAUCAGAUCAGAGAUCAAGGCAAAGAUCGAGGAGGAGGCCUACAAUAAAGGCUACCAAGAGGGACUGAAGAGAAGUAAAGAAGUCAAAGAGGUGGAGGAGGAAGAAGAGGAGGAGAAGGUAGAGGACAAUCCAGAAAAGAAGGAUGAAAGAAAAGAAGUCAGCAGAAAAGAAAAGUUCAACAGUAAGGUUGAAGAGGUCCUAGUUGUCCUUGACCGACUUUGCCCCAAGAUUUUCCGCCGUAACCGACUUCUCUGGAUUGUUUUGACGUUGUUCCUGGUCACGUUUCUGGCCGUCAGUGUUUUCACAUACUUUAGUGAUCGCUAUAACAACCAUGGGGACAUGUCGGCAGAAAAAGCCAUGGUCCAGGACAAGAAGAAGAUCUUUGGACUGAAUGUAGGAGUACAGCCAAAGAUUCCCACUCCAGAAUAACAAAGAGCCUGUCUCAUACUUCUCUCAGUCCAAAGACUCUUUUUUUCCAUGAUACAUCAAGAGCUGAACUUGAAUAUAGGGUUUUGAAGAUCUAGGGUUUGGGGGGGGGGGAUGUAUCUUUGGGAGCAUUUAUUUUGUGUUUUAUUGGUUUCAGAGGAUAAGUCUUCUAAUGAUCAUAAACUUUAUCAAGGCAUAUUUAUGUUGUGUUAGGAAAGCUGCCUGACUGUUUCUGAUGUUGAUAUAUGAUUGUUGCUUAGGGGGCCAAGUAUAAUAGUGUGAUGAAAUAUGUUCUUAUCUACAGUGAGAUCCAGGAUUUUGUAUUUGAAAUGAUACAAUGACUAUUAUGUGAAAAUGCAGACUGUCAGCUUUAAUAUGAGGGCCUUUCCAUCCAUAUCAGGUGAACUGAAUGACACAAUGAACAGAAUGAACAGGGGGGUAGCAUUUUGGAGGGGAACAAAUCAUUAUUCCCAAUUCAUUCAUAAUUAUCAUGGUAGCAUCCACAUGAAUUUCAAUAGGGUUUAGAAACAGGUUCUAUUCUUAUUUACAAUAAAAGUGCCUCCAAAAUACACAAUAUAUUAUUUACCAUUCAUUUCUCUUUGGCACAAAAUAAUCUGACACACAAACUGCUAAUCCAUUCAACAAGUUUGUAUUCGCAAGCUUGAUGUAAUCAUUGUGUGCUAUGAAUAUGGGACCAAAUACUACACAUAUACUACACAUAUACUACACUUAUGAAUAUGGGACCAAAUACUACACAUAUACUACACUUAUGAAUAUGGGACCAAAUACUACACAUAUACUACACUUAUGAAUAUGGGACCAAAUACCCUCAAACUAAAGCUGACAGUUUGCACUUUAUAGUCUUUAUCAUUUCAAAUCCAAAGUGCUGAAGUAUAAAAAGCCCCCAAAAUAUAUAUUUGUCAUUGUCCAAAUGCUUUUGGACCUCACUGUAUAUAUUCACAAUGUAUUGUUCUUAUUCCUUGUCCUACUCUGAAUGUCAUCCUAUAGGACUGAAUGUGGCCCCUUGGGUGAAAAUGGAUGAUUCAUGAUGAGUUCCCUAAGACAAAUGUCACAGUAGACAUUAGACUAACGUACAUUAAUCUACCACUCUGUUACUUUUAUGUUCAUUCUCUCAGGUCCAGUAAACGGACAUCCCCUGAAGAGAUUUACAGAGAUAUUUAAAGAGAUGUUUUUUAAUUCAAUUUUUUUUAUAUAUAUAUCUAUAUUUGUGGAAUUUAAGCAGAUACUUUUUUGGAAAAUCUAUAAUAUAAGCACAUUCCAAAGUAGUUCCUCAAGUGCAAUAUUUAGCAGCUGAUGGUUCUUGUUUGUAUGUGUUGUUCCUGUGUUGGUUUGCGUCCUCCGAGCACUGAAAGAUUUCCUUCACGUACGAGAGCACUUUUAGACAGCAUGAGAAAUGUUUUAUCUUCUUCGCACUUGUGUGCCAGGAUUUUCUGUUGUGUCAACUUCGCCUUGAAAUAAAGGUGCCUUAACUCCCA